CGCCAAUAAAACCCGCCUCCAACCGCACCAGUCAUGAUCAAGGUUAGUUUAUAUGGCACAUUGUGGUGCCUGUGAUCUAUGUAGGCAGCACUGACUGGUCGUGACUUUCACCUUCAUUAGGACAGCAGUUUUGCAGCAUUGUCCUCAAAGCCACGAUGGAUCAAGCCAGGACAACAAUAUCAAAAAUUUUCAAUGGGGAGCCGCGCUCAUAUACGCGCUUUAACCUGACCCAGAACAUGGAGGGUGACAACAGCCAGGUGGAGAUGAAGCUUUCUGCAGACACAGAUGAAGAGGCAGAGGUCAAUGGAGUUGGAGAAAAAAUGAAUCCACAUAAUCCGCCAUAUUACCCGAGCAAGCUAAGUCAACGCUCCCCGAGAAACAUUUGCUUCAUUGCCAUUGGCAUUCUGUUCCUCUUCAUCACUGGAUACCUCAUUGGUUACCUGUCUCAUAGAAACAAAGUCAACCCGAAGCCUGUUAAUUGUCCAUUACCUGAGGAAACGUUGGCAAUAAUAGCAGAUGCGCCUGUUUCCAUGGACUGGAGUGAUGUAAGGGUACUGUUGAAGAACAAACUAACUGCAUCCAGCCUUAAAAGCACCCUCAGGGAAUUUUCUAGUGCAACUCACCAGGCAGGAUCAUCAGGAGAUGAGGCACUGGCCAAUAACAUCAUGGGAAAAUUCAAAUCUUUUGGAAUGAACCCCUGGACGGAUGAGCACUUUGUUAAGAUAGAUUUACCUGGUGCCUCAGGUAACAAAGUUCAGUUCCGUGGUAAUACUAUUGGAUCGAAUGAGGGCUAUUUGGCGUACAGUGCAGCUAAAACGGUGGAGGGUCCUGCUCGCUAUGCCCAUUAUGGAAGAGUCGAAGACUUCAGGCGCCUCCAAGAAUGGAAUAGUGAUGCGAAUGGAAAGGUUGUCUUGGUCAGAGCCGGACUAAUAAGUUUUGCUGAAAAGGUUGCUAAUGCCGAGAGCGUAAACGCUAGUGCUGUGCUGAUCUACCCAGAUCCUGUUAACUACAAAAUUAAAGAUGACACUGCUCUUUUUGGCCAUGUUCAUCUUGGAACUGGUGAUCCUUACACUCCUGGAUUCCCUUCCUUCAAUCACACCCAGUUUCCUCCAGCUCGCUCUUCUGGUCUGCCUAGUAUUUCAGCACAUACUAUCACCAUAAAACAGGCUACUGAGAUCAUGAGUCAGAUGGGUGGUAAAAAUAUGCGCGAAUGGACAGAUGGAGUCCUUCCGGGUAUCCUCUACAAUCUUGGUGAUGAUAAGGAUGUUAUCACCGUAGAAGUGAACAAUGUCAUCACUGAGAAAAAAAUCCACAAUGUGUUUGGAGUCAUUAAAGGUUUUGUGGAUGCAGAUCGGUAUGUUGUGAUUGGAGCCCAGAGAGAUGCCUGGGGUACCGGAUAUGCCAAAUCCACAGUUGGCACUAGUUUGCUGGUUGAAUUGGCCAGAACGAUCACUGACAUGAUCAAGAAUGAUGGAUUUAGGCCAAAGAGGAGCAUAGUGUUUGCCAGCUGGAGUGCUGGUGAAUUUGGCAGUGUUGGUGCCACCGAGUGGUUGGAGGGCUACUUGACUUCCUUGAAUAUGAAAGUGUUUGCUUACAUCAGUCUUGAUGAAGUUAUUUCAGGUAGUGAAUCUUUCAAAGCGACUGCAAGUCCACUCCUGUAUGAUUUAAUUGAGGGUACUAUGAAACAGGUCUCUUAUCCACUUGUUCCAACAAAAUCCCUGCAUGAACAGUUUGUUUCAUCCAACUGGGAAACCUCUGUAAUGGAGCCCAUGGGUUUGUCGCACUCCGUCUAUCCAUUCCAAACCUUCUCUGGCAUCCCGUCAUUCUCGUUUCGAUUUACUUCGACUUCAAAGCUGUACCCAUUUGGCACUGUUGAGGAUACCUAUGAGAGUCUGGAGAGGUACACUUCUGGCAAUUCUCUGAAACUGGCCCAAGCAGCGGGCGAGGUGGCCGGGCUGGUUACUGUUCGGCUGGUACACGACCACUUGGUCAAACUGAAUGUGGCAAAGUAUACCAGUCUCAUCCGCAAAAACGUAUUGGAGAUUAACUCUAAAGUACAGACACUUCAGGCCUCUGGGCUUCUGUCGAAAACUUUGACAAUGCAGUGGCUUUUUUCAGCUCAGGGCUCAUAUGAUCGUGCUGCCAAUGCACUUGUUAAUGUCAUCCGCAACAGUGAUCUUGAUGACAUGGAGCAGAGUCGCAUCAUCAACAACCGCAUUAUGAGGGUGGAAGGAAACUUCCUCUCUCCAUUUGUGUCUCCGCGGGAGAGUCUUUUCCGGCACAUUCUUCUAGGUUCUGGCGAGCACACCCUCGGAGCUCUGGUGGAUCACCUCAUUGCUAUUAAAGAAAGAGCUGAAUCUGCCAACGUUGACCAAUUCAGGAACCAGUUUGCUUUAGCCACUUGGACAAUCCAAGGCUGUGCCAACGCACUUGCAGGAGAAAUUUGGGAUUUGGAUAAUCAGAUUUAAGCAAACGGCUCUCCCAAUUUUUUUAUAUAAUUUUUUGCGAUACUUUGAACAAUCACCCUAUACAAAAGAAAGGACAAUUAAAGUGAAAAUAAAUUGUAUGGUGCUUCAUUAUGAUUACCUCAUUCAACUGCAGUCAAAAUUACUUGUGGGAUAAAUUAAGGUCUUAUUAGAUGAUAUUCUUGUUACAAAUUUGGAAUGCGUUACUGUUUUGUUAUUUUCUUUAAUAUCGUCACACUCCUGUUAGGAACUUUUGGGGUAAUGCCUUAGCAAUCUAAAGUUAAAGCUUGAUCUAAUUGUAACAACAGUCAGACAAUCGGCCAUUGUCAAUUUAAUGCAUUACCUUACUCACCUGUGCUCAUGCAACACCUUUAUAAGCACAGUAUUUUUGUGCCAUCGGUUAUAUACUCUGUAUUUUGGAUAAGUGUCUUAUGAGAUCAGUUCUGACAAAUAAUUCAAAAUACGGGGUAAAAAGGCCUUUCCGGUGGUCUUGUGAUCUCUAUUUAUUUAUUUAUCAGUGACAGGGCUCACUAUAAAUAUAUUUUAUAACGCCUUUUUUACCAAAUGUAUAAUUAUCGGAAGCAGUGCCUUCCAUAAUUAUGACAGUUAUACUGUCGAAAUGUGAAAGCAGCAUCUGCUAUGGAGAUAACCUUGUUUUAAAAGCAAUGACUAGAGACUGUGUUGAAAGUAAUUGGCAAGAUAUAGCUAUGAUAGUUUACCCAACAAAUUAAGAAAGUCUAAUAGUUUCCCUUUUAAAACAUUGUUAUACUUGAUCCAGAAUCAUUAUCGGGAGCAGUGUCUUCCAUAAUGCGAAAAAUGAUGGUAGUUUUUGCCUACCGACGUGUUGAUAUCGAGGGCAGUGCCCCUCAUAUUUCACUGUGGUGUGGAUGUAAUUAUCGGGAACAGUGUUUCCCAUGAUGAUGUACAAAUCGUCUGAAUUCACACACACUUACCAUGCUAGAUAUCUGUUUUGAGUCAUGUAAUCUACAGUAUUGUCAGUUCUCAUUAACCAUCAAUUGCCGUCACCUUCUUUUGCUUUGGAUUAAUCAAAUGAGGAUCAAAGCAGAGGUUACAAACUAGAAAUGUUUCAGGGAAGGGCUUUGAAAAGAUUUUUCUUUUUUUCUCAUUCGGUUUCUGAAUCUCUUAUGUGUUAUUUAGAUAUAUGUUGUGUGCCAUAGAUUAUGAUUGAAGCUUUAAAGAGGUUUGUCUUUUCUGUUUUCUAUUCAUAUUCUUGCUUUGUGUGUAAUAAUCAGAUUAUUAUAAUAUUUUGAAACUCUUCAGAUGAUUGGUUAAAAUGUUCACAUUUAAUACUAGCAUCUUAAAUCGUAUCAAAAUCUUCAGAAAAAUAAUAAGUCUAAGUUUAGUUACAAGUGGACAUUUUUUAUGCACUGACAAAAAGCAAACAUCCAAGUAUGAAUUUGAAAUGUGUGCUAUUUGAACAUAAUAUGCAUAUAUGAAAAAUAUAUUAAAGAUUCUCUUGUUUAUGAA